AUGGCUCUGAUGGCUGCGAAUCUCGUCGAGAGAUACGGCCGCCCAAACCAACAGUACAGGGACCUGCUGGAGCAGCUCGAUCAAACCAUGUUUUCCCACCACAGGAGACUCCAGCAGAGCCGUGAUGGUGAAUAUCUGCCCACGACCAUACGAGACCACCGCGAGACCGUGGCCUUCAGCGACUACGGUCGAGACGCUCGCCGGCGAGCAGCCAUGCACUGGGCCAAUUUUCAUUGCGACCCGCAGCGGACACACCCUCGCAGUUGGAAUGACUCGUUCCUCUCCUUGGCCGUGCACUUUGGUCUCAGGCAUCACCUAGAACAGAACAUCUCAGUCAAGGCAGACAACCAGGACUGGGCCUUGUUCGACCGCAACCUCCCCGACCGGCUAGUCUGGUUCAUGGAUGGGAUGAACGGACAUGAUGGCAAGACUGGGGUAUCCUAUAUGGAGAGGCGUGGUGGUCGGCCGCUACUCAUGUACGCCCUUGCGCCGCACCUUCCCUUUGCUACAGUAGCCCCAUACGAUCUCGUCAGCGUCGAGACUGUGCGACUCCUCCUGGACAACUGGUCGCGGCCGAACCGUGUUUUCGAAGGCCGGACAUGCUGGCAGGAAGGUCUAGAGUGGCUCCACCGGACGUUCGCUAUCGAUGGAGGCGCAGCCAUCUCCGAUGCUGGGGGCACGCGCGAAGAUGUCAGGCACGCUGCGAAAAACAGGUUGAACAUUUGUCAUCUUCUUCUCGACAGGGGAGCAGAUACAAAUGCUGCAAUCGACAUCACCAUCUCUCCAGCACGGGGGACAAGCUCGGUAGCCUCCCUCAAGGGGAUAACGAAAACCAUUCUCACGGCGAAGCAAGCUUUAAAAGAGAGUUUUGCCAGUUGGGUUGACCAGACUGCGCUGGACGGGCUACUUGCAAGGGUAGAUGGACCUACACAGAAACAAAGAGGUAUACCAGAACUGAGAACCGGAGCGAGAUGA